UCAGUUGUUAAUUGUAGACGAUGAGUUCACACACAAUACACAAACUAAAAUACAAGAUCGCUGAUCGCAUAAUUUUUCUGAUUAACAUUGAAUUGAACAGGUUACGUUCUUGUUUCUUUCUUUUGUUUGGUCUACUUGUUUUUGGCUUAAUUUGGAAUUUGAUCUACUGGUUUGUUUUGCUUAUUGUUAUGUUUUUUUUUUUCCCUUUUGUCUGCUUGUUUGCUUAAAUCUUGUUUGAAAAGGAUGGCCAAAUAUUUUAAAUCCAAGGCAACAUCAAAUCUUAUGCAGGCUUUAAACCACUACCAAUUCCGGUGACAAUUGAACCUCAAUUUGCAGGCCUUUUCAGUAAACUCUUAUUAUACUUUAUUCAAGCCGACUACAAAUCUCACCAGUUCCAUUUUAGAUGCAUUGACUCGUUGAUUCUCAAGUACUAUUAAAGAAACAACUAACCAAUUUCCUAGUGCUCUCUGCAAAUACCAAAACUCCAUUUUGCUGAAUUAUUGGCUUCUUCCAUUCCAGAAGUAUGUAGGGGAUAAUAUUUAAUAUCCAUCUCUUUUUAAGACUUUUAAAAAUUUCCUUCUUUGUUUUUUAUUCCUGGUAAUUACAGAUGCAUAUGAGAAGACUUGACUUGAAGGUCAAGCCACGCAUAGUUCUCAGGGAGGCAUGCUGUUUUCAAUUCCACCUUUAAAGCCACCACAACCAUUACCCCCAAUCUUACCAAUUUCCCUCCUUGUUGCAUCUAUCUGUGCAUGCAUAUAUGUGUCUAAAAAUUAAGUUGCUCUAAGAAUGACAACUUUGUUCCUCCAUUUCUUCCUUUUUUUAAUUACUACCUGUAUUGCCAAACUCAUCCCUGCAGUUCACAGCAAUUGUAUUGUAGAACAGCAACUAUCACUACUCCAUUUCAAGAAAAGUCUUGUAUACGUAAUUGAUCCUCCUUCCCCCAGGCUUAUCACAUGGAAUUCAAGUACUGAUUGCUGCUCUUGGGUCGGUGUAACUUGCAGCACUAAUGGGUAUGUUGUCGGACUUGACCUCAGCAGCGAGUUUGUUUCAUGCAGAAUUGACAAUUCCAGCAGUCUCUUCCAACUUCAACAUCUUGAGAGCCUCAAUUUGGCCAAUAACGUCUUCAAUGGCUCUCAAAUUCCAUCUGCAAUUGGAGAGCUUACAAAUCUGAGGUAUCUAAAUUUAGCCAGUGGUUUCUAUUCCGGGCAAAUUCCCAUUGAGAUUUCACGCUUGGCAAGGUUGGUAAGUCUUGAUCUCUCUAGAAAUAGCUAUGAUGGGGUUUCGUUAAAACUUGAAAACCCAAAUUUAAGCAUGCUAAUUCAGAACCUCACAGAGCUUACAGAGUUAUAUCUUGAUUCAGUAGAGAUAUCAGGACAGGGGAGUGACUGGUGCGAAGCCAUAUCAUCUUCACUGCCAAAUCUGAGGGUGUUGAGCUUGUCUUUUUGUGGUCUUUCAGGCCCUAUAUGUGACUCCCUUGCAAAGCUUCAAUCUCUGUAUGAGAUUGACUUGGGAAAUAACUCGUUCUAUGCUCCGGUUCCAAGAUCCUUUGCCAAUUUUUCAAACUUGACUUCUUUGAGUCUCUUUGGUUGUAACUUGCUGGGAAUAUUUCCCAAAGAGGUCUUUCUUAUUCCUUCCCUACAAACCAUUGAUAUUUCUAGUAAUCCGGAACUUGGUGGUUCCUUUCCAGAGUUUCCAAAGAAUAGGACAAAACUUUCAACCAUAUCUCUUUCACAUUGCAAUUUCACUGGAUCCCUCCCCAUGUCAAUUGAGAACCUUACACAAUUGGUUGGCCUGGACGUGUCAUGGAACAGGUUCAAUAGUCCUAUCAGUCCUAUUCACUGGGAAGCCCUUGUUAAUCUGAGAAGCCUUGACUUCAGCAACAAUCUACUCUAUGGGAGUAUUCCAUCAUCUAUUGUUUCUCCUCCCUUGCUGGUUGCAUUAGCACUUUCUAAUAAUCAUUUCUCUGGUCAAGUCCCUGAAUUUUCCAAUACCUCUUCACAGUUGCUUCAGAACCUUCUUUUGGGAAACAACAAUUUGGAAGGAGAAAUACCAACAUCUAUUUUUAAUCUUAAAGGGCUUAUGUAUCUUGAUCUUGCUUCAAACAACUUCAGUGGCUUCCCUUUCAGUGGCCCUCAGCAGCCUAGAACUCUUUCAUUUCUUGAUCUUUCCCACAAUAGCUUGUUGUUUGAUUAUAAUGGUACCAGUUCCCCCUUCCUUCAGAUUGAGAACUUGCUAUUGGCUUCUAACAAGUUGGUAGGACUCCCAGAUUUCUUAAAAAAUCAAUCCAGACUUUGGCAAUUAGACCUUUCGGGAAACCAGAUUCAAGGCCAGAUACCUAAUUGGAUUUGGAGGCUCAAUUCUCUUGGACUCCUAAAUCUCUCUUAUAACUCCAUUGUAAAUCUUGAACCUCUUCUUCCUAAUUCUACUUUUACUUUAUUUACUCUUGACCUUAAUUCCAACAAGAUUCAGGGUAUCCACUCCUCAUAUGCCUUCCUUCAGAUUGGCCACUUGGGUUUAGCUUCUAACAAGUUGAGAACAUUCCCAGACUUCUUGAGAAAUCAGUCCACAUUAAAUUACUUGGACCUUUCAAACAACCAAAUUCAAGGCCAGAUACCCAAUUGGAUUUGGAGGCUCAAUUCUCUUCAAGAACUGAAUCUUUCUUGUAACUCCUUGGAAACUCUAGAAGCUCCUUUACCUAUGGCUAAUUCUUCUACUGUUGUGACGUCACUUGAUCUUCAUUCAAACCAGCUUCAGGGACAAAUCCCAUUGUUCCUACCAUUUGCCCAUUUUCUGGAUUACUCGAGGAAUAAUUUUAGCUCUAGUCUACCGACUGACAUUGGCAGUUUUAUCUCUCAAACUAAUUUCCUCUCUCUGUCAAGCAAUAAAUUGCAUGGAACCAUUCCAAGAUCAAUUUGCAAUACAACUAGUAUGGUUCUAGAUCUGUCCUAUAAUUCUUUGAGUGGUAUAAUUCCGCAAUGCUUGACUCAACUUUCGCUUUCAGUCCUUGAUUUAAGGACAAACAACCUCACUGGCUCUAUUCCUGAUAAUUUUCUUGAGCAUUGUAAGCUACAAACUCUUGAUCUCAGCAGAAAUAAUAUACAAGGCCAGUUUCCGAAAUCUCUUGUCAACUGCUCAAGUUUAGGGGUUUUAAAUCUCGGAAACAAUCAGAUAACAGAUACUUUUCCAUGCCUGUUGAUGACCAUAUCCACCUUGCGUGUCCUUGUUUUAAGAUCCAACAAUCUUUAUGGUAGCCUAGGAUGUCCCAAGACCAACAACACAUGGCCUGUGCUGCAAAUCAUAGAUUUAGCACACAACCAUUUGAAUGGUGAAAUACCGGCAACGUCUUUCGCAACAUGGCAGAAAAUGAAGGCUAAUGAAGAUGAUGGUAAUCUGGUAUUUUCGUACACUCCCCUGUACACAACAGAGACUAUUGGGAUGGAUGUUUAUUACAGAGAUACAAUAACAACCAUCAUCAAAGGUUUGCAGUUGGAUCUGAUAAAGAUUCUAACUAUCUUCACCUUGAUUGAUUUCUCUUCCAACAAUUUUACCGGGUCAAUACCCAAGGAAAUUGGAGAGCUAAAAGCAUUGUAUGCCCUCAACUUAUCUGGUAAUGCUUUCACAGGCGAAAUCCCAUCAUCCUUUGGUAACAUGAGUAGCAUAGAGUCCUUAGACCUCUCACAGAACCACCUGAGCGGCCGAAUUCCACCGCAGCUUUCAACUCUCACUUUCCUUUCGCACUUGAAUGUCUCAUAUAAUCAACUGACGGGAAGGAUCCCAACCAGCACUCAGUUUUCAACAUUUCCAAAUACCUCCUUCGAGGGUAACAAAGGAUUAUGGGGGCCUCCUCUGACAUGGGAUACAGCAAUCGUAUUGCCACCUCCAACGUUUGAUGGAAGCUCAAGUAAUCCGAAUUCUGGAGAUGAGAUUGAUUGGGAUAUCAUCAGUGUUGAAAUUGGAUUUACAUGUGGAUUUGGGAUUGCCAUCGGAUCGCUUUUGUUUUGCAAAAGAUGGAGGAAAUGGUAUUACAGAGCUAUGUUUAAUAUCCUGUUCAAGACAUUCCCUCAGCUGGAACACAGAUUUGGUAAUCACAGAAGGCAUGCUUACAUAAAUCAAAGGUAUUGGAGACGUUGAAAUGGGUAGGAAGACCAAGCAUGCAUCUCAACUCCAUUUUGCUGGAGACUCCCCUGGAGUUUUUUCUCUGUAUUUUGAUCACAUGAUUACAAUGUAAUUUUUUUUUUUCUUUUGUCAUAAUGUUUUUUUUUUUUUUUUGUCUGGUGUCGUAAUCUAUGUUGUAAUCGUUCUUGCAAUGUAAUGACUUUAAGUUUUUAACAUUUAUGAAAUAUUGUGUAGUG